CGCGUGCCGGAAAUGAUGUCCGGUUUUCACACUAGUACUUCCAUUAUGUUCCUGUAGCGUUAGCGAGGGCUCGAGUUUAGCUUACACACAUUCACACACACACACACACCUCGUGUAGCUGGUGGCACAGCACUGUAGCUGGGAGUGCAGCUCUGAGCUCCACAAUCCUCCCCGACACGUAAUCUGGCCACAAAGUACUGGAGUGUGUCGUUGUUUUGUUGUCUUUGCAAGGUGCCCACUGCCCAGUAAAUAUGGCUAUGAGACAGACUCCUCUCACCUGCUCUGGCCACACCAGACCUGUUGUGGAUCUGGCGUUCAGUGGAAUAACUCCUUAUGGAUAUUUCCUUAUUAGUGCUUGUAAAGAUGGCAAACCUAUGUUGCGCCAGGGAGACACAGGGGACUGGAUUGGGACGUUCUUGGGUCACAAAGGUGCUGUCUGGGGUGCCACCUUAAAUAAAGAAGCUACAAAAGCAGCUACGGCCGCCGCAGAUUUUACAGCAAAGGUAUGGGACGCUGUCACUGGAGAUGAGGUCCUCACCCUGGCGCACAAGCACAUUGUGAAAUCCGUGAACUUCACACAGGACAGUAACUUUCUCCUGACUGGAGGGAAUGAUAAAGUACUGCGCAUCUAUGACCUCAACAAACCUGAAGCAGAACCCCAGGAGAUUGCAGGCCACACCUCUGCCAUAAAGAAAGCUCUGUGGUGUAACAAUGACCAACAGAUUCUCUCGGCUGCCGAUGACAAAACUAUCAGACUUUGGGACAAGAACACAAAGGAGGCAUUGAAGACACUGUCAUUUGAGGCCUCUGUCAGCAGUAUGGAGUACAUUCCUGAUGGGGAGAUUCUCGUCAUCACGUAUGGGAGAACCAUCGCUUUCUACAAUGCCCACAGUUUGGAUCUGAUUAAGACAGUGGACGCCCCUGCUUCUAUUCACUCUGCCUCACUGCAUCCUGAAAAAGACUUCUUUGUGGCUGGAGGAGAUGACUUCAAGCUUUAUAAAUAUGACUACACCACCAAAGAGGAAAUGGAGUCAUAUAAGGGUCACUUCGGGCCCGUACACUGUGUGCGGUUUAGCCCUGAUGGAGAGCUGUAUGCCAGUGGUUCAGAGGACGGCACUCUGCGUCUGUGGCAGACGGCUGUAGGGAAAACAUACGGCCUGUGGAAAUGUGUCCUGCCUGAGGAGCUGUCGUCAGAGAACUCGGAAGCGCUGUACUGCCCGCCAGCAGAGAUCAAGGCCUGAGUUGGGAGAGAGAGGGAGACAACAAGGCAAAAGAGGAGAGGUCACGGGAGUGGGAGAGGUCAGGGGACGGGACAGGUCAAGGAAACCACACCCCAGCAGAGUGCUGUGCCACCACCCUUCUUCACUUGAGACGGACCGCACUGCCGAGCAUGACUUGAGUGUGGAGAUGAAACAACACACACAUUCACAUUGUGGAAAUGAGCAUCAGGAGACGGCGGUAGAGCUGAGAGCGCUAGUGCAAAUGCUAACCCUCCAGCUGCCUGCUCUUUCUUUGAUACCCAUGAUACACCAGUCAGCUCCUUCAUAAGUGGUCGGUUUCUGCAGCACUGUGAUCACUUUGGUUAAGAUUUUGUUUUUUUUAUUUUUGUUUUGGUGUUACAACGUGCUUUCAAUACAUUUUGUUUGUUAUUGCAAGAGCUCAAUGUUCAGUUUGAUGACAUCUCUCAGCAGUAGUGCUCCUGAGGAACGUGUUAUUCAAAUGUUUAUCAAUAGUAGUGUGAACUUGUAAAUGUUUUCCAUGAGAGUCUGGAAAAUAUGUAAACAUGCUUAAAAGUGACUUAAGUUCUUUAAUAAAUUUGUCUUUGGUUGCAACAUAAGUUGCAUCAUUUGGCCAAUAAAAUGUUGACAUACCUUA